GUUCCAAAGGCCUGGAGAGAAAUAACCAAGUUUAUAUCCAGACCAGUGAUAUAUACAAAUAUAAGUAUAUAUGUAUGUAUUUAUACAAGCAUAAAUAUAUAUAUGCAUAUAUGUACAUAUAAGCAUGUAAACAUAUGAGUAUGCAUUUGUGGAUGUAUAUUGUAUGUAUAAAAUCACAUACUUCCAUACAAAUAUUUUUUCCUGCUAAAUUGUUUUCUGUCUCCCCAAAGCAGGGAAGCUGGUGUUGGUUGGCAGAGGUGGUGUAUUUGCUUCUGGCUUCAUCCAAGGUUUUUCCGUUUCUUCUUUGAAGACGUAUUGUAUGAGCAUUUGCCUAAUGAAAUGAAUAGUUUUUUUAAAAGCUUCCUUCUACUCCAUGGUUUCCUGACCCCUAGGCUUUUCUUGUUGUACCAACUCCACUCCCAUCUAGUGGGAUCCUGAUUUUCAAAUAUAAUAAAGCAUCUGGAAACCAGAGUGCUGGAGACAUUUAUGAGCAAAUGACUUGUGUAGAUGUUAGUGAGUGUAUCUAGCCCAGGUAAAAGUUAUUUUUGAAGUAGCAGUGUAAAAUCAAGUAGUUAGCUUUUUCUUCAUGACCAUAAAACAGGAAGUGGGGAACCUUUUUUUUUUUUUUCCUGCUAAGGGCCAUUUGGAUAUCUAUAGCAUCAUUCAUGGACCAUACAAAAUUAUCAACUUAAAAAUUAGCCUGUUAUAGAUGUAUUGAAUUAUUUAAGUCCCAUCUGAGAUUGCUUUAGCAGGCCUUAUACUGCUCUGGGGCUGGAUGUUCUUGACCGCUAAAACAACUAGCUAACCUCUCUGGUUCUUUCUCCCUAGAUGGGAACUGAUCUCUUUCAAGUCUCCCUUUUCCUUCACCUAAGCUAAUUGUGUGAAUCCUUAGGGCUAGGUAGUCCAGAGGUAGCAACUUUUGCUAAAGGAUUCAAAUAAUCUUGUGGGCGUGUACAUGUGCUGACUCCUUCCUUCCAUCAAUCUCAGGUUUACUGCCCCCCUCACUCCUUCUCUAGCCUGACUGAUCCCCUCCUUCUGCCUGUUCCCUCUUUUCCUCCCUGUCUUCUUCUCUUUCCACUUCUUCCUCCAUUGUUCCUGUGCUCACCUCCCCCUCCCUGCUCCUGCACUUCCCUACCCCAUGCCCCACUGUGCUGCAGGGGCUCACUGUGCUUCCCUGUUCUUUCUCUGCUCUUUGGCUCUCCACACUCCUCUUCCACCCCCUUCAUGAUCUCCCUACUCUCUCCUUCACAUUCUUCACUUUUCUGCUCUCCUCUCUUCGCAUCCCCUCACCCUGCCCCAUGCCAACCCCUAGCACUGACCGUCUUUGCCCUCUCCCUGCUGUUUCCCCGCUGUGUGUGCUGCUCAGCUCACCACACCUCUGCUCACACUCCAUACCGGCUCCCCUCUCCCCUGCUUCCACCUGCACUGGCACUCCCAGCUCUGCAGGGCUCUCCUUGCACUCUGUACUCUCCUCCUGCACCAGCUGGGCUCCUGCUUUCUGGGUUCCUGUCCCCCCUCCCACACCCUCCCCCUUUCCUUAUGCUCUCCCUCGCUCCUUGUACUGCCUGUGCUCCAUGCUUACUCCACCUCUAUUCAUGCCAUCCCCUCUUAUGUGAUCGUCCUCCCCCAACACAGACACACACACACACACGUACACGCCCCUGUUCCCCUGGGCAUGCUCACUUCUGUUCCUCCUACUCUCCUGGUGCCAUCCCUUUCUCUCCUUUUUUCUCACACCCUUUUCUCCUUUUCUCACACCCUCCUUGUGUGCAUUUGCUCUUUCCCUCUCCCUGUGCUCUCUCUGCCCCCCCCCCCUCUCACCAUGCUCCUUUUCUCUCCUGAUGCUCCUCAGCUCUCUCCUUGUUCCUCCUGGAUCACUCCCACCCCACCCCUGUGCGCCCUGUUCCAGAACUGUUCUGUGCUCUGGCAGUCUCCCCUCCCCUUGCACUGGCACUCCCCUACUCAUCCAGGUUGCCCAGCUCUCCCUCUCCUGCUCUCCCCUGCUGUAGGUCUCCUGGAGCUCCUCUGCUUUCCCUGCUCUUUCCACACUUGUGAUUGCCUUGGUUCCUGUGCCCUUGCCUCCUAACACUCACAUCGCUCAGCACUCUGUCCACCUCACCUCCUGGGCCCUUCUUCCAUCACCUGUUCUCUCAUUUCCUCCCUGCCUUGCUUCCUCCCUUCUUCCAGACUCCCUAGGAAUGACUCUCCCAGUGGAAUGAGAAGAUACUCUAGGGCUUAGCCUCAGGGGAUGUUAAGAACAUAGCUGGGAGUCCCUUGCCAACCAAAAGUGGGACAGGAAGGCAGAGGAAGAAGAGAAAAGGGGGAUACUUAGCAAAUCUUAGAACAGAACCCCUUCUCAUAGCCAGGACAGGGGGAUACAAUACUGUAUCCCCUUACAGUAUUGACAAGUACAGAAAGGCUUUGGUAAGGAGAGGUAUGGGUAUAGAAUGAGAAGCAACAAAAGGAAGGAGGAGCUGGCAAGCAGAGUGGUGGAAGGGAGAGAUUCUUGCCCUGUGGUUGCCAUUAGUUUGCUGUGCAAAUCUGAGCAAUUCACUUUCCUUCUCUGGGCCUCCAACUCGUUGUUGCAAAACCAGAUGGUUCAUCCCAUGUGUAAUAUGAAAAUGGAGAGGGGAGGGGAAGAAAGAGGGCUUGGAUGAGCAGUGGGCUGCAGUAAAGAGUCAGGGAUCUUCUGCCUUCUCAUAAUCUCCCCCAAAGGCAAGGUUCAGUCUCCGGAGGACAGAGCAUGGGCAGGUUCUCCCAGGACAUUGGCUCUUCUUGGCCACAUCUUUCCCUGCCACCUACCCCUCUCAUUCACAUACUGUCCCCAGCAGCAGACCUUUGUCCCCUCCAGGCUCCCUCUGUGCCUGUCUGCUUCUCCCCACUCUUUCCUUGUCUGGUGCCUUCCCCAAAUAUCCUUUCUUAUUCCUUAAAGGAGAACACAGAGUGCAGGCUUCUCUUCUAUCCAAGCUCCCCUUGCCAUGGCCUCCUUCCCUUUCCCCCAAGAGCAGAACUCCCCUUAGAGUGUUCCCAUUCCUGGUGCUCACUCAUCAGGGAGUGAAUUGAAUUCUUGUGGAUGUGUAACAUGCAAUCUAAGUAGAAAGAGUGUUCUCUAAAGAGGAAGGCCUGCAAGGCCUCCUACCCCAUCCACAUAAUACCACAUUUGAUUCUUUUCUCAAUUUUAUGAAAAAACUGUACAGAAGCCAGUUCGAGGACUUGGAAUUCUUGGUGAUAUGGAACAUGCAUUCUAGGGAUCUCUAAGCAGAGAGGAGACAGCUCUCCAGCUCAUUGUGAUUGCUUUCCCUUUCUACUCAUAGGAGUCCUCCCCACCUUGUGUGAGGGACUUACUGUACAUCUGUGACAAUAUUUACUUGCGACAUGAAAUGCUUGCCAUGGAAAUGAGUAUCCUGACAACCCUCAAUUUUGACAUCAACAUUCCUAGCGCCUAUCAUUACCUGCGGAGAUAUGCUAAG